AUGUUGCGGCAAGACUUUAACCGAAUCGACCCCAAGCGGCGAAACGUCGUAGACCAUCGCAAGAAGCAGUUCGCGACACCUAUAUACAAGGACCUCGACUAUCCCCAUCGUCUCAACUUUUACACAGAUCCUCCAACAGCAGACAUUACCCUUGAGCAGUUUGAACAAUGGGCUAUCGACCGACUUCGAGUUCUCGCCGAACUCGAAGCAUGCUCGUUCCGCAACAAGACUCCCGCCGAGACAGCAACACACAUGAAACCCAUCCUCAAAAAGCACCUCAACCUCGAGGCCAAUAGCUCAGGCUCAAAGAAGAUCUUUGAGCAGCGCCAAAAAGAUCAUUACAGCCACUUCAUCCUACGACUAGCCUUUUCGUCCACUGAGGACCUGCGACGCCGAUUCACGCGCGUUGAGACGAUGCUUUUCCGUAUGCGACUUAACGAUGAUGAUCUUGCAGAGCGAUCCGCCUUUGUCAAGACUAUUGGCCUGGACUGGUGCGAGGAUGUCACGGACGAGGACAGACGAGAAUAUGCUGCAGAGCUUGCUGCCUUCACUAGUAACCGAAAAGGCGAGAAUGAUGAUGAUAGUUGGUUCAAGGUGGAUUGGGAGCGAGUUCCUGACUUGAUCGAGAGCCGGAGAGUAUUCUUAAAGGCCGGAAAGGCGUUUGUACCAGGCCGAGAACAGGCUGGUAUGGUCGUUUCGGAAUUCUCAUCUCGUUUGGAGCGGCAACUUGAGCUGACUGCCCGGGCUCUGCCUCGACUCGACGAGGACGACCGGCUUACACCCAUCCUUAACCAUCUGUCCAAGAACUUCAUCACUCCCGACGCACCUUACACUUCGAGCACAGCUGCCGUGCCCGGUGCCGAAAUCAGCGCUGCCAAUGUUGACAACCUCUCACAACACUUCCCAGCAUGCAUGUCCCACCUACAUCGAUCACUGCGUCGUGACGCUCAUCUCAAGCACUUUGGUCGGCUACAGUACUCACUCUUCCUUAAGGGCAUUGGCCUCAACCUGGAGGAGUGUCUUGUGUUUUGGAGAAAGAGCUUUCAUAAAAUUACAGACGACAAGUUCAACAAGGAGUACCGUUACAAUAUUCGUCACGUAUACGGUGAUGUUGGUGGUGACACCAACCGCAGGGGAGGUGGUUACAGUCCUUUCAGUUGUCAAAAGAUUCUCACUGAGCAUCCUCCUGGCCCUGGUGAGGCCCAUGGAUGCCCGUACCGGCAUUUCAACAUGGAGAAUCUUUCUGCGCUCGUACAAGCCAUGGGUGUCAGCGAUCGCUCUGUUCUCCAGGGUGUGAAGGAGGAUAAAGACAAGCAGAAGUUCCACAUGGCAUGCAACCGCGUAUUCGAGCACCUACACAAGCAAGAAAUCAAGAAGGCCAAGGAUGAGGGCGUUAUGACACAAGCACAGCUUGAAACCCUUGUUCAUCCCAACGAGUACUUCAAGCGCAGCUUCUUACUAAAGAACUUGGGCAAGGAGACAGAUAUGAAGAUGGAGGGUUAA